CAAUUAUUUCUUUUACUCUGUGUAAAUUAAAUUAUUUUCAUUUUUAGUAAAAAUCAAGUAGGAAUUUAAUGUGUUAUUUCUUUACAUAGUUUAUUUGUUCUGUCAUUUCUCAUUUUCUCUCUUGUUUGUAUAAUAUUUUUUUUCUUAAAUAUAAAAUAUAAGUAUAUGUAUAUAAGUAAGUAAAGAAUAUAUUUUAUGUGAUUUUGGAUAAUUUUGAUGUGAAUUUGAAUUGAUUAAUAUUUAACAAUGUCGUGGAAAGUUUUUCGUUUUCUAACCUCCAUCAACAUAUGUCAAAGAUUUGAUACGUACAAAGUUGCAUUAGUAACAGUACAAAGGAAUAAAAAACGUAACUUUAAUAAAUUGGUUUAUGUAGCACCUGCUACUAUGGGGCUUUGGAUUUUUCAAUCUGCCAACGAAAAAGAUAAAGAUAAAGACAAUAAUAAUAAUAAUAAUAAUAAUAAUAAUAACGAUGUAAAGGAAAUUACUGCAAAGGAAGGGUUUAUUGUAACAACUGAUGUUUUGUACGAGCAAGGCUUGUACGAACAGUUGUAUGAUCAUUUGUCGAAUUACAAGCAUAACGGAGAUGUAGAGAUCUUGUGGCGUCUAAGUAGGGUUCUGUACAAAUUGUCAAAGACAGCUGACGAAUCGGAAGCCAAAAAAAUGAUUUUAGAAGCUUACGAUUAUAUACAAACUGCAAUUAGUAUCAAAGAGGAUCAUUACGCUGUACAAAAGUGGAUGGCAAUAUUACUCGAUAGUAAAAGCUCUUUGGAAGGCAUGAAGUCAAGGAUACAACAAUUAUACACCAUUAAGAAGCACAUGCUUAGGGCAAUAGAAUUAAAUCCAAAGGACGCUACCAUUUUGUACAUGCUCGGCACUUGGUGUUAUCAUGUAUCUGAUUUAGCUUGGUAUCAAAGAAAAAUUGCAUCAUUGGUAUUCGGAGAACCUCCGAAUUCGUCCUUCGAAGAGGCAUUAACGUAUUUUGAAAAGGCAGAAGAAAUGAGUCCUAAUUUUUACAGUCUCAAUUUGCUUAUGUUAGCAAAAACUUAUUUAAAAUUAGGUAGAAAAGAAGAUGCUUUAAAAUAUUUAAAAUUGACCACGGAAUAUCCAACCACUGAUCAUGGGGAUGUUCAAUCGAAAAAAGAAGCGCAAGAAAUUCUUAACGCUUUAUAAAGUUCUUCGACGUACUGUUUUUUUUUGUCUUUUUCUUUUAAUAACUUUAUUUGUAUCGGAAUUACAAAGAGGGGCUCGCAUAAAUAGGUUGCAUAACAAUUUUUUUACGUACGCACAAUAUCAAAAAUAUUUAUUUAUAGCUGAAAAUAUUUAUAAUCAAGCUAAAACUUAAUAUUUUAUUAUAACUCAAGUAUAUAAAGUAUGAACAAAAAGAAAUACUAAUUACAAUUCA